CGAUAAUUCCAUAGAUCAUUUGCAAGGAUUUUUCUCUGAAAUGGCUCUACAGUUUCCAACUUGAAGAAUGUAACAACUAAUAUUAUUCUAAUUAUCACUUCUAGGUAUAAAUGUAUAGUUUUAUUUCUCAUGAUUUUACAGAAAACUAAUUUAAAUGCCUCAUUUGUAAAAGUAAAAUGAUAUUUUGAAUGCUCAAGUUAUAAAUGACAUAUAGCCAGGAUGACUAUAGCUGGAUAAAGAUGAAAAUUAAGCAAUUGAAAGCGCAUAAAGAACUUUAAUAUUUAAACUAGUUAAAGCAAUCAACAAAUAUAAGCAUAUAUACUCAAGAGUUUAAACAAUAACUGCACAAGACAAACUGACUGAAAAAUAAGCACCGUCUUCAAUAUUCUAUGGAUGCAGAACUCGGUUCCUCAACAAAAUAUUUAAAAAUGAACAUGGAAGAGUGCACAGAAAAGUUUUUUGCAUGGGAAUCUCUGAAAUCUAUAAUUGAUAACAACAUUGAUUUCCUGAAAUGUGAUCAAUCCAGCUAUUUGACACUACAUGACGCCUUGUUAGGGAUAACAAAUCAAUUGAACGAUGCUCGCAUUCUUUAUGAGGAAAUUGAGUCUUUUUGUAAAAAGUACGAUGUAGACGAAAAUAUUCAAGCUAAUGGAUAUAGAAGCUUCUUAAAGAUAUUUGACUCAGCUAUCAAUCAUGCCUUCAAAACACUCAAACAUUACACAGAGAAUCGAUCAAAGCUAUUUUUUAGGAGAAAUCAUUACAUCAAAGAAAUUGAAGCAUGUCAUCAACUAUUGGGAGCUUUGAAAGCUUCGUUUAAGCAGUUGAUAUCUUUACAUUUGUCGAGUGAAGAUGGGAAUCUCUUUCCCACAAAAGAAUUUACAAUAACAGAUGUUUUCAAACAAGCUUCCGAGAUUAAUCAGACAGCAUUCUAUGGACGAUGCUUUGGAUUUCAAUUUCAUGAUUCUAUUCGUAAUAUUCUGAAAUUCAUUUCUAUAAUCAUGGCUAGUUACUCAGAAUCAUACUAUAGCAAUAAUGGCAAGUUUGUGAAAACAUCUAACUCAAUAUACAAUAGUGGUAGAUAUUAUUUUGAUCCUGAGAUGCUUGCAAGGCGAUUAGUUGACUUAUCACAAAAUGCAUCAGUUGAUUUUUGCAAGAAUUUUUGGUGUUUAGCAGAAUCAGAAAUAAUUCAUUCCAUACCAUUUGUGAAUUAUAGUGUGAAAGUUAACCAUCUCCUUAAAAUCAAUCCUAACACUUUGAAGAUACCAAAAGUGAAUUGUGAUGGAUUUAUAGAGAUUCAAUCUCCAGGAAUUAUACAGGCACGGCUUAUAAGCUCUUUCAAACGAGUUGGAAUGCUUGGUGAAAAAGAUGUGAAAUCUUCAAGUGUUUUGCCAAAAUCCAAAGAGAUUUUGUUUCAUUGUCAUGGAGGUGGUUUUGUGGCUCAAAGUUCUGCAUCACAUUUAGUGUACUUACUUGAGUGGGCUGUUAAUUUAAACAUUCCAAUUAUAUCCAUUGAUUAUUCACUCGCUCCAGAAUAUCCAUUUCCACGUGCAGCUAAUGAAAUUUUUUAUGCAUACUGUUGGGCUCUUCAAAAUUGUGAACUAUUAGGAUCAACAUGCGAAAGAAUAGUUUUAUGUGGUGAUUCUGCUGGAGCCAAUUUGUGCCUAUCAACAUUAGUCAAAAGUAUUUCAAUGAAUAUAAGAAAACCUGAUGGAAUUUUCAUUGCUUAUUGCCCUAUCUUAGUUUCUUUCGAUCCUAGUCCAUCAAGACUAUUGUGCCUACAAGAUCCACUUAUUCCAUUUGGAUUUAUGAUUAGAUGCUUAAAAGCUUACAUAUUGCAAAAUGGAACCAAAAGUGAUAAUAACAAUAACAAAGACUUAAAUAAUGAAAAUGAAAGGGAUUUAUUGAUUUCCGACUUUGAGAAUGACGAGAUUAGUGGAUCGUCGAAUAAAUCCGACUCAUUUGAAGAAAUUUCGUGUUUCGAAUGUCAUCAAACUGACUCUGACAUAAAAGCUCAUAUUUCUCAAGUUAGCACAGCUAGUAAUGAUACAUUACAAUCCCUUCCAACUGUUACUGAAAAAUAUAAAGAUACUCUCGAAUAUGACAGUCCUGUUGACAGUAUUAAUUCAACAAUUUCGCUCGAAAAAGAUCCAUUUGAUGGAGAGGUGAAGAUGGUAACCAGCAAAACAACAAUGAUGAUACCUUCUACGUCUGAAACACAAUACGUCGAUAAUUUUAUUGAAAAAUAUACAAUAGAAGAAAAACUAAGGAACUGCUCGAAUAUCCGUAAAGUAUCGAGAACAAGAAGUGAAGAAAAUAUAAUAAUUGAUGUAUCAAAGGAAACGUUAUGUGUAAGGAAUAUCCAUAGAAGAUUUCAAUUUGCUGCAUCGUCAUUUCGUAGAUGCUUUUCUUCUACUUUUGGAGGGUUUACAAGAAAUAAUCACACAAUAAUUAAUUUAUUUGAAGAAGAAGAAGAAAUUAAAUCUAAAACAUCCAUUAAAGCAGUCGAAGAUUUUUCAUUUACCGUACCAAAGGAUCCGUUGCUAUCACCAUUCUAUGCGAGUGACGAAAUACUCAAAGAAUUUCCUCCAAUCAAAAUACUCUCAUUAACAUUAGAUUCUUGUUUAGAUGAUUCCGUUAUGUUUGCCAAACGCCUUAAGUCUCUAAAUGUCAAUUUUACUUUAGAUGUACUCGACAAAUUGCCUCACGGAUUUCUUAACUUUUCUAGAUUAUCCAAAGAAGCCCAUGAAGGCUGCAAGCUUUCUAUGGUUCGAAUUGCGGAAUUGCUUGAUCUCAAAUUAGACUUGGCUACAAGCUUUUGUCAUAAUAAUGAAAACACUGUAGUAAACAUCGAACAAAUUUUCAAAAAAAAGGAAAUUUUAAAGCAGCCACAAUCAACAACUCAGGAAUGGGCAACAGAAAAAGUCUUAGUCCUUAGACAAAAUCAAACAGAUGAACAACGUUCACAGCAGAGUGAACAACGAAAACAACGUUUGGAAAAGAGAACUGAAGAAGAGUGUAAUAAUAGACUUGAAGCAGAUCGUUUGCGUAAAAGACAAAUACAAAAAAACAAUACUGAAGAAGAGUAUCAGGCCAGUUUCGAAAGAAAUCUUAACAGACAUUCUGAACAUAUAAAUAACGAGACAGUUAAUGAACGACAAACUACAUUGGAAACUAACAACCAAGGACAGAAAAGGAGAAGAGAUAACGAAACCUCCGAACAGAGGCAAAGAAGAAUUACAAAUUGCAGCACAAGAUCUUACAAAUCAGCGUAUUAGAGAUGAGGCAAUCAAUUUUGCGGAGCCUACCACUUUCUGAAAGAGCGACCACAGGACGGUAAAUUCAACUUCUGUUGUCACAAGAAAAAUAUAUCUGGACACUAAGGAAUAUCCAACAUUCCUGAGAAAUUUGAUGACCAUUCGAGAUCGGGAUGGUAAAAACUUUAUGGACAACAUAAGAAAAUACAAUAGUGGUUUAUCAUUCACAUCAAUGGGAGCUAAAACUGUUGGGGUUCAAGGAAAAGCUUAUCACAGAACAUCCCACCUGGAACUAGGGUUUGGGGAACAUGUUAACAGAAAACAGCUGUUUUUCGACAAAAAUCUGUUAACAGAAAACAGGUCUCAAAAACAGGUUCAAGGAAAAGCUUAUCAAAGUACAUCCCACCUGGAACUAGGGUUUGGGGAACAUGUUAACAGAAAACAGCUGUUUUUCGACAAAAAUCUGUUAACAGAAAACAGGUCUCAAAAACAGAUCUGUUUUUCAUUUUUACAUAUAAUUUACAGAAAAAAAAAAUUUCUUAAUUUUUUGAAGAACUUAAUAAAGUUUUCUAGAAUUCCAAAUUGAAAUGUAUUUACUAUUUUAAAUUUUUUUGGAUAUUUAAUAGGUUUGAAAUCAUUAUCAAAUUUAUGAUUAAUCAUUACUAAUUUUGCAAUCGAAAUUUUAAAUUUGUUGAACCUUUUGUAGCAUUUACUAAAGUUCAAAAAUAUAAUCAACAAUUUUGCAAGAUAUUUUUUUAU